AUGGGGCAUUUCCUUCCCUUGGCCGAGUUUGUAAAGAGGCUAUCUAAAUUUCAUGGCUUCUCCAUCACUUUCAUCAUCAGCAAGUGGAUCUGGACAUCUCAGCAACCCGCAGUUUUUCAACGAUUGGCCUUCUCUGCUCUGGACAUACACUUUACAGAGAUUCCUCACAUUACUGAGUAUGAAGAUGAGCAAAACAUGAAACUUGCAACACGCAUUUUGAAGUUCAUGCUGAAAGCGAAGCCACACAUUGAAAAUGUCCUGCAAUCGUUGUGUUCAUCUGCGCCCGUCUCUGCUUUUAUUACAGACCUCUUCUGUACAGAACUGUUUGACGUUACCGCCAAGCUGAAGAUGCCAAGUUAUAUGUUCGUGUCGUCCUCUGAUUCUUUUGUUUGCUUCAUGUUACAUUUUCCAAAGCUCGUUUCGGAGAUUUAA